GCUGAUAACAUGCAGGUGUCGUUCGAAUACAAAAACCCGAGAGCGCUCAGUAUCCCAGCCGUCAUGCCCAAGCAAGCACACGUGUGUGAAAGUGGUGACGCUGCAGUGGCGCUCGAAGAUGUCAAUAACGGUGGUGAUAGUGACGACAGCGGAGUGAAAGGCGAGGAACCACAGGGUGGUGGUGGAAGUGGUGAUGCUGGCUCAGCAAUGGAGGCGGUUCUGGCACAGCUCGGGCCAUUUGGAGUGUACCAGCGCUACGUGCUGUUCAUGCUGCUUCUGCCCAACCUGCUGUCACCCAUGUACUCGCUUAACUACGUGUUCACUGCAGACCGUGUGGAGUUCAGAUGCUUGGUGCCGGAAUGUGAGGGCGCUGUGCAUGAGAGUCAGUUCGAGAACCAGACGGUGCGAGACCUGCUACCCGCUGACUCCUGCCGCCGCUACCGUCCGCUGCAGACUGAGCACAACUCCUGCCAGCGAGAGCACUUCCACCCGAACGAAACCUUACCCUGCGAUCAGUUCCUCUACGAGAACCAGGACACCAUAUUUGCUGAAUUCGAUCUGGCGUGUCAGGAGUGGAAGCGCACUCUGGUGGGGACGGUGCGCAACGCAGCGCUACCGCUUGCACUGCUACUUACCGGCUACAUCUCUGAUGGGUGGGGACGGCGCACCGCGUUCUGCAUAUUCUCAGGGUUUGCGGGCGCGCUGGGCCUCCUGAAGUCAUUCACACCUAACUACGAGCUCUACGUCACCGUUGAGUUCUUCGAGGCUGCACUCGGAUACGGUUUCACCAGCGCUGCCUACGUCAUGGUGGUUGAACUGGCGCGUCCAUCAUUGCGUGCCCCGUUCGCCUGCGCCACCGGCGUGGCGUACGGGAUGGGUGGCGUACUGUUCGCAUGGAUCGCCAGCCGCCUCCAAACGUGGCGUGCCCUGCUGCGAGCUGUGCACACGCCUGCCCUGUUGCUGCCGCUCUACUGGCUGCUUCUGGAUGAGAGCGCGCGCUGGUUGCAGGUCACCGGGCGCACGCAGCGCGCGGCCGCUGUGAUCAUAAAGGCAGCCAGCUGGAACAAGGUUACUCUUCGUAAGAAGUCGGUCCUGGACGCCCUGGAGAGCGCCAACGAGAGCGGCGGUGAUGACCGUGGCGGGUGGCUAAGUGUGCUGCGGUCACGCGUGCUGAUGCUGCGAUUGGCCACUUGCAGCUUUUGCUGGGUCGCCGCCGCCUUCGUGUACUACGGGCUCACCAUCAACUCCGUGGCCCUCUCCGGCAACAAGUACACCAACUUUGCGCUCAACAUGGCGAUGGAGAUCGUGGCUUCGCUGCUCAUCAUGAUGGCGCUAGAGCGGAUUGGACGACGGCUCAGCAUUGGCACCGCGUUCCUGCUGUGCGGUGUUACGAGCAUCUCGCCCUUUUACUUGUCGGACCCGGACGCACUGAACGGGAUGUACUUCGCCGGCAAGCUGGCGGUCACGCUCGCGUUUAACUCGCUGUACGUAUUUACUGCCGAGAUGUUUCCGACGUCUGCGCGCUCCUCCGCGCUGGCAGCCGCCUCGCUCGUCGGUCGUCUUGGGUCCAUCCUCGCUCCACAGACGCCACUGCUUAGUACCACAGUCCAAGCGAUACUGUACGGCGUGGUGUCGUUAUUCGCGGCUGCCGCCGUAGCGCUUGUGCCGGAAACACGCCGCUCUCCGCUGCCGCAGAAUACCAGCGGAGCUGCACAAAUGGGCGCCGCUAGAGUAGCGAAACGGCGAACGACCACCGCACCCACCCCGCCACCAGCGCCGGCACUCACCAGAAUCACACCACGACGCCAGCCCCACGUCGCUUCCGCCACGCCAGCCACGCCAGUUGACAGUGCUCAAGCUACAGUCUCAACAUCGACGAACUGACUGUUGCGAGACCAAAUUUGAUAUGCAAUCCUAAAACUGGUUGUCAAUCAACAAGCUUUUGACAGGAGUGUGGGAUGAAGUCUAUGAAUUUCCAUGGGCAUCCCAGUGGAAGGCUCCUUUGCACAGGAUGCCGGCUAGAUUAUGGGUACCACAACAGUGCCUAUUUCUGCCGUGAAGCUGGAAUGUGUAAUCAUUAUUGUUUCGAUCUGAAGGUCGCCGUAGCUAGUGAAAUUACUGGGCAAAUGAGACUUGACAUCUUUUGUCUCAAGGUGACGAGAGCACUUGUAGAGCCGCUCAGAAUUUUUGCGUUUUUCAAGAAUCCUGAGCGGCACUGCAUCGUGAUGGAUAGAGCGUAUUAAUUACCAUCAGCUUAACGUCCUGCUCUUCUCAUCCCUUAUUGUCAUAUAUAAGAGUGAGCUAGGUUGCAAUCAAUAGUACCACCUGAUGUCGAAAACAUUGAACAGAUCACACUGGAGAUCAGAAACUACACAGAGUAUUGGCAGAUAACUCAUUGGAUCCAAAAAGAGUCAGAAGUCAGGGAACAAACUACAAUAGAAAUGCGCGAGUUAAUUAACAAUACAAUUGAAGGAGGUGAUUCACAAAACAAUUGAGAGAGAUGACUCACAAAACAAUGAGAGAGGUGACUCAAAAUAAAACUGGGUGGGCUGUGCCUCACGAUAAAAGAGAGUGAGAUGAUUACUAUAUUAUGCCCUAGUCCGAAGAAAACUGGAAACAAGCACCUGUGUCUGGAUCGUACGGAAAGUACGGACUAUUAUUAGAAAAAGUGCAGAAGGCCUUCCUAAGAUACCUGUACAAACGUUGCUAUCGAUAUUAUCCUUUCAUGUAUAAGUACAACCAAAUUUCUCUUAGGUUGUUUAGGUUUUAAUUCCCAGGAGGUCAGGCGGACUUGUGAUCAGCUAAAAAUUAUGUGUAGAAUUUUACGAGAAGACGUUGAUGCUCCAGAUCUUCAUGAGCAAUUAUGUCGUGUACGUGUCCCUAAAUUCAAUAAUCUUCGCCUACGAAAAUAUAAACUUUUCGUGGUCCCGCUUUAUCGCACCGUUGCCCGAGCCAUGGCACCUAUACCGCGUUCAUUGGCAUCUUUCAACGCGCGGACAAGAAUGCUCAAUGGGAUCCAUUCAAUGAUGGGUGGACUUCCCUAGUUUCUGAGAUACUAUAAGGUAUGCUGAGAGCAUUGAAAUUGUAUACUUAAUUAAUUAAUUCUUUAAUAUUUUUUUGUUUCGUCUAAUUAGUGUAAGUGGCACUGCCGUGCUAAUAGAACAAUAAAUAAAUAAAUGAUAAGCAAUGCAAUUAAACGUGUUGACUCACAAUACUAUCUUACUAUCUUGACUUUAACACGGCCAAAUCUAGUGUGCUCUCUAUAUGCAUAAAUGCUAUUUUAUAAAAUAAUCGUUUGUGUCUGUAUAAUAAUUAAACUUAAUUCUAUACCUGUAAAAAAAUAAUAUUUAAUAUAUCGAAUAAUGUUAUUCUAUAUUUCUCAUGUCCAAGUUACGUCAGUUGGUGCUGCCGAAGAUAGCAAGCGUCGUAAAUAUGUCGGUCUCAGUGAGUCAUACAUCUUUGUGCCGUUUGUUGUCGAGACACUUGGCCCGUGGGGCCCAGAGGCCCGGAGAAUGUAUAAAGUUCAUCUACGCACCUCAAUAGGUCUACUGGCAACCCAAGCGCUGGCAGCUAUUUUUCCAUCAAAGGAACAGCCCAGCUAUCCAACGUGGAAAUGCUACCAAUAUUCUUGGUACGCUUCCCCGUAAUAACAGUUUUUAUUUUGUGUAACCAUAGUAUUAUAAAUAUAGUUAUAAGAUAAGUUUUGUUAAUAAUAAUAAAAUAAUAAUAAUAAUAAAUUAAUAUAAAUAAUAAGAUAAAUUUAAUUAAAGAAAUGAGAAAAAAAAAGAAAUCUGUUAUAAAACUUUACUUUUGAUGGAAUGAGUAUUCUUAUCUAUAUAAUAUAUGUAAGAGAUUUCCACGUAUAUUAUAUAUAGUCACUCAUCACGAUAGGCAUUUGGACAGAUUCAGGGGACAGCGCCAGGGUGCCUCUGGAUGUGUGGCCUGACGCCGGGUGGCAGAAGGAGCUGGCCCCGGCGGCAGGCCCGCGUGUCCUGUGCGACAGUGUCGGUCCGUCUGCAACCCAGGUCGUACGAGCAUGGCUGACGCACUGAGCUGGCACUCCCACCUGCCGGCACUCCCAGCGAGUGGCGCCCAGGAUGAGUGGGAAUUUAGGAUACGUAAGCUUGCCAAGCGGCCUGCAGUUGGGUGGCAGAAAAAGCUGGCCCCAGUUGCAGGCCUUCAU